UCCCAAUCAUGGCUGUCGUCUGUUACUUUGUCGGGGUUUCGUGCUGUUUUGCUUGAAGUUGAAUUAUCUUAUCUCUAAGAAAAAGAUAUCUGCUCAAGGAUUUCCAGUGUAAUUUUCUCUUCGUAACUACUGUCUUAUUCUGAGUAAUGUGCAACUAUUUUAAAGUGCUAUCAGUUAUAUUUAAUGAAGUAUUAACCUCAAGAAUCUGUGAAUAAAAUCUUGGGUAGAUAAUUAGAUUUAAAAAUUGUAACUAUUUUGUAGUUUUUAUGUCCAAGAAGGUUUAUAAAUAACAACAAGUUUCAUCGCGGUUGAAAAUGGCUGAGCCACAAGCCAAACCUGUCAGUGAGCAGGACCUGAAAGACCUGAAGGAGCGGAUGAAGAUGAUCUCUGCCGCAGAUCCAACACAGUACCACAACGAGUUCUCUCUCAAGAGGUACUUAAGGGCGUUCAAAACCACUGAUGCUGCUUUUCAGCAAAUCCUGAAAACAAACAAGUGGAGAGUUGAGUACGGUGUUGCUGAACUGGAUGAGAAACAUCCGAUUGUUAAGAAACACUUUGAGGCAAAGAAAGCGCGAGUUCUGAAACACAGAGACAUGCAAGGCAGACCUGUCAUCUACAUCCCGGCCAAGCAUCACAACGCAAACGAUCGUGACAUCGAUGAGCUCACAAAGUUCAUCGUUUAUUGUUUAGAAGAAGCUUGCAAGAAAUGUUUUGAAGAAGUGAUAGACAAUCUGUGUAUAGUAUUUGACCUGAAUGACUUCGGCCUGAGCUGUAUGGACUACCAAGUGGUGAAGAACUUGAUCUGGUUGCUGAGUCGUCACUACCCAGAGAGGCUGGGUGUGUGUCUGAUCAUCAACUCCCCUGCACUCUUCACCGGCUGUUGGGCCGUCAUCAAGGGCUGGCUGGACGAGAACACGGCCGGGAAAGUGACGUUUGUCAGCAGCGAAGAAGAUCUCUGCCAGUACCUGAUACCUGACAUUCUGCCAGAUGACAUUUAGUCAUCACACCGGUGUCAUAUCUCUCUGCCUCUUGUUUAUUUGGGAGAUUUUUGGGCCUCAUUUAUCCUUCAUCUCUGGUUCCUGGUGACGACUACUGGAUUGCAAAUCGAAACAGAGGUCUUUGCAAAUAAUAUCUGUUAAUCUAAAAUACAAAUAAUUUGGCUCGGGUUUUAUAUAAUAUUAUACGAUUUUGUGCUGGAUUUGCUAUGGUGACGAAACCGUUUGCAAGUUUGGUUUUCUAGUGGAAGUACGUAGUGCAAUCAGAGCUUGACUCACAAUUAAUUAAGAAUAGGGUUAAUCGUUCAUAACGUUAAUUGGGUUAAUAACAAGAACGACACACAUGACAAGGUGAAAACUACAUUUGAAUGUACAGUUCCACCAACUGUCGUGAUAAUCAAUCCUGGAGACACAGGAACAGUUGGGGUUGUGAAAGAAGUGAAAACUUUUGACAUAAAUAUCAAAAUUCAGCCUGAGGUAUGGUCUAUGCACAGGGCAUUUCUAAAACCCACUGAUAGUGGAUUUUUAUCUCCUAGGGACAAGAUGACCUGGGUUGUCUUGAUUUCAGGGUUGUCAGACUAGACUCUCAGGUUCACGAUGACAGGGGGUAUUAUUUUGUCCUUACGACCCUUAUUGUAUCCGUAUAACAAUAUGCAAUAGAUGGAGCUUCCUGUAAUAGUGAAAAAAAGUUAAAAAGUAAACAUUCAACUUAAAAUCACACACAUUUCAACAGUUCGGACAAAAACACGAUAAGUAAAUAGUACACAGUACACAUACAUAGUAGACUUACCACACCAAUUUUAGGUUGUGGGUUAGGUCAUUCUUCUUCUCCUACUUCCUGGAACAACUGAGUCAACUGAGAUGUUAUCGAUUGCAAAUAAGUAUUCUUGCAUAAUGUGUAAUGAGGAUCAAAACCUUGACUUAUUAGAGGAAUAUGAAAUCCAAAGAAAUUCUAAAAGAGAAUACUCAAAUUUGUACAAUCAUAAAAGAAAAGCUUCAAUCCAGCUUCCACUGUAUUUUAACCGAAUCAUCAGUGCUAAUAAUAUCUUAUUAGUAACUGAUAACAUCUUAGUUGAUAAGAACCCAGAGGAUGUAGGGGAAGAGGUGUUACCUAACCUGCAACCUGCAGUGUCCCCAACCACCAACCAUGUGCGGUUAGGUCUAUGUAUGUGUUCUGUGUACUAUGUAUUUAUAAUUUUUCCUCAUAUUAGGCAUAUCCGGAAAGUAAGUGUGUUGAGGCUGUUGUGGGCCUUUUUUUUUCUCAACAUGUUGGCUGCACUGUCGUGUAGCCUGAUUCUUCCCCUCCGCAAAGAGACUGGUAUUGAGGUCAGUACGUUGAGAACCGUCGAUGAGACAAUAUGUUUCAUCUGUCCAUGAUGAUCAGAGGAAAUUCCAUGUGGCUGAAAUUUUGGAAAAAAUUAAACAUUUUUCCGUAAUGAUCACAGAUUGACUGUGCAUGUACUUUCUGCCAUAUUUUCACAAAUCUCUGAUUCUCUGUUACACAAAACCGUCACAAAAACCCUGAGAUAUUGGAAAAUGUACACGAAUUGGGUCUCAUAACAGUUGACAGACCAACACAAGUUGAAUCGAGUGGACUCUGGGCAAGAGUUUUUGAGACGCUAGAAGCUCCGUAGAGAUAAAUUUAUCUGCUUCAUCGUUUGGAAUUAUGCAGUUUUUACCUCAUUAUAAACCUCAACCGGAGUUUUUCCUUUCCAAAUGAGAAUAACGGAUGAAACCGCAUAUUUUGCACUUGGCUAGAAAUCGGUUGACAAUUUUUCACGAAACGUAUUGUUGCAUUGACAGGUGUCAACAUAAUGAACUCGAACUGGUCUCAUUUCGGAGGGGAGAAAUCAGGCUACACAGCAGUGUAGCCAACAUGUUGAAAAAUGUCCUUCCGCCCAUGAGAGCCUCAACACACAUACUUUCUGGAUAUGCCUUGUAUUUGUUGAAUUUGUGCGUGUUUUUGUGUUUAAUGUUUUGUUUUUUGUUAUUUUGUCGAUUAUUACGUUUAUAAACCUGAGGUUAAAGUUUUGAAUCUUGUGACAUCGAUAUAUAAAAAUAGUGGGAACUGUGUUAUAAGAGGAGAUAUCAUCGUCUCAUUUUUCAAAUUGUAUCGGAGUCCCUCAAAAAUGGCUUGUUGGAUUCCUAAAGCUCUGGUAGCUUUUCCUGGUUAUUUUGGUGGAAUCCUUCUAGUUAUUUCAAAAUUUGGCCUAGCAUUCCUAAUUUUUAUUUUUUUAACCGUCGUUUCCAUUGAAGAUGUUCAUAGUGUAAACAAAAUAUUGCCACGGCAGUUUGUGUUGUUAGAAUUGUUCUUGUGUAAUAUUACCAUUGUUUUAUAUUGUGAUAGUAAGACCACGAGAUUUACAAACGCGUUACACUUGCAAGUUAACGUUGCAGUUAUACAAGCACUCAGACUGAUAUAUUGCAAAGUUUCUCACCAGAGUAAAUCCAUUACAUUAUUAUUGUUUGUAUUUUAAUAUAGAAAAAAAUGUAUUUUUAACUUUAGAUUCACAGUUUGUCUUGUAAGUUUAUUUAUCUGUAUUUAAAAUAUUCACAUUAAUACGAUAACAUUGAGUUGACCAUAACGAUCUUUACUGCAAUCAAGAUAAUCAACCGAUUUCUAAGUGUAAGACCAUUAACUAUACAAUAAACGCUAAAUUUAGUUUCUGUUUAUGACGUAAGUGUUGGUACCCAGAAAUCUUGUUAAUAAAUAAGAGCUCAAUAACGUAAACCCUGAAUGUGAUAAUCUGCUAGGGAACACUUCUGUUGACUACUACGUUCUUUACUAUACGCUGUUAUUCUUUUACGCUAUGAUGAUUGACUACAGUACGUAGACUAAGGUGAAGUUUAACUCCUAGCUGUAGAUAAUAUGAUGUUAAAUUAAUAACUAGUUAUGUUUUUGGUCAGAGGUGUAAAUUUAUAUAAGCCUUGCAUCCGCUGGAUGUGCUCUCACUCGUUUCCGUAGGUGUAUCACUUGAGUAGAGAAGUGAAGUGGGUCACGAUGGCACCGUUCUAAAAUGUGAAGCAAAUACUCUUGAUCAAGUGCAGCUGUUAUCACUUUAGUAACGAAAAUUGUGUGAUAUUUCACUUUGGUCCCAGAAACCACUAAAACAGCAGAAAUGUUUUUAUUUGUGCUUUGGAAAUUACUCUUAACCCUUUGAGUGACGUUUGGUUUGGAAGGGCACCACCAAAGUGAAGCUUUUGUUGUUCAUUAGCUGAGAAUUGAACACAAUCUGAUUUUUAUGGAAAUUAAUAGACGAAUUUUCGCUAUGAAAGAAACUGCUCUUGAGCCACGUUAAUUUUGGUGGAGGUAAUUAAAUUGGUAUUAAAAGGGUUAAAAAUAUGAAUUUUUUUGUCAGAACGUAUUAUUCUGAACACACUUAAGACCAACUGUCAUAAUAACUUUCUUCCUCUCAAAAAAGAGCUAUUUUAUUUGUGGCAGUAAAUGCUAUAAAUAGUUAACAGUUAUAAAUAUAAAUGGUAGAGGAUUAUUAUGUUAGGUUUCAAAAUUAUUUAAUUUUGUAUAUUUUUGAUUAUACUACAACAAGAUCUUUUUAAUAUUUCUAAACUAUUUCUAUUUCCAAAUAUUUUUAUUUAUAACGAUUUUUUUUACCUUUUUAGUACCUCUGUAUAUACAGACGUUUGCUGUAAAACUCAAAACAACAACAAACAUAGGUAAAAUGCUUUUUUCUCUAAAAUAGAUACGGUUUAGUGUAAAAGAAUAGUUAUUGCUCAGUAAUUAGUUUAUAGUUACUGAGUGUAUAUCAAGUCUAAGAUAUAAAUGGUUUUGGCUGUUUUUUUAUUUUAUUCAUCCUCAUUAUAAAAUAAUAACAGAUAAGGAUAUGAGCUUCUAAUCAAUGGACCAAAGUGAAUUAUUUUUAGUGUUUUAGUUUUGCAUUUAUAUAUUAUUCAAGUAUUUGCUUGUGUAAGAAUUCUAUUAAUAUAUUUCUGUCAGUUUAGUUCUCUUAGAUAGGAACAUAGUUUAGUAAACGUCUAGUCCAUUUAUGUACCAAGUACAACUCGUCUAUUUGUUUUAUUUUGUGAGAGUACAACGUUUCUAGUGGUAUUUACUGUUGAUUUUUUUAAACCAUGUCAAUUACUGCAGAGUGUACGAUUUUUAUAAUUUAUUACUCAGACCACAUAUUAUAAUAUAUUAAUUUUUCAGUUAAGUUAUUAACUAAUUAUGUGUAUUCGAUAGUACUGCCACGAUUAUUAGUAACCACUUUUAGACAUUUUGUUACAGCAACUAUCAGGUUCACCAUGGAAAAUGUUUAUCAUAGAUCCAAAUAUUCACACAGAAGCGCAAAGUAGCUUAUGUCAUGAGUGCUACUGAAAUUACGCUGUUGUCAGAUUUUGUAGCUUCAAUUGAUCAAUUGGUAAAAAUGUGCGUUUGUGUUAUCAAAAUAACGAUUAUCGUGAACAAAAUUAAAAAUCAUUCGUACAACAAACAUUUAACAGUUGAAUAAUUUUAAUUGAGAGAAAUAUUAUCAAAUUUAUUAAGGUGCACAAGUAAGGCCAAUCGAGAUGCAAAUAAAUAAAAAAAAACCAGUUUGUUGCAUUUCUGAAAUUGCAAAAUACGUCAAAUACUUUUUUAGAAAUCACAAAAAUUUUGGUUGUAGUUUUUGCGACUCACCACUCCGUGAACAGCCACUUCAGAAAGUAGUUCACUACCGUUUUUGCUGUAAUAUCGUUUAGAAAAUUAAAGAAAGUAUUUUAAGUAAAUUACAGUUAUUGAUUACAAAAGACAGAAAUAAUCGCAAUAUUUACACCAAAAUUGAGUUCUUUGUAGACCUAUACUGAUUUUUCUGAACGGUUAAACUCUACAUGACACAACCAUGACAUCGGUGUUGGCAGAGGAAGGGAUUUUUCUCUCGCAUUUUCGGUUGGACAAUGGAAGAAUAAUUUUAAGUAUUUUAUUUUGUAAGGUUUGCUACAGAUUUUAAUAAUUUGUUAAAGAAAAGUUUCUGACCUUGGAUUUAGUAUUGUACGUAUAUUGCUUUACGCUUCAAAGUCGAGUGAUCAGGAAAUGUGCCAAAGACGUACAAGGUGAUGUACGUAUCGUUGACUACUAGAUGUUCCUGAACGAUCUUCAUCUCUGUAAUACGUCACAAUAAAUUAAUUAAAGUACUGAGAUGAAGUUAGAGCUGUGAAUUACACAGAAAAAAUAGGAUUUUUCAUUAGCAAUCUUUUGUAACGCUACCUGAUGAUCAGUUCCAAGUUAUCAGGCCUACCACUACCAAAUUCAGCAUUAAUUCUGUUCACAGAUCCUUCUUACUGACUUUGGUCUGAGAUUUGGUACACAUUGUACCGUGCACUAACUUCAAACUUAUGUUGCGUGUUAUGAACGAUAAUAUUAAAGCAUUUUUACCCGUUAAGGACCAAGAAAUUUAACACUUAAAUUUGUCUUAAGUUAUGCCAUUAAAUUAAAAAUUAACAAGGUCGUAUUUUUGUGUUGGGAACUACUAAUAAUCAUAAUUUAAUUUACAAUAAUAUUAAUUUAAAUAUAGUUAAUUUUACCCUACAUUUGUUAUUACUGAAUAAGUACUAUAUGGUGUGUAUGAAAUAAAAAUUCACUUUCAAAAUUAUACUCAUUAAUGAGUAAUAAAUCACCGAAUCAGUUUUAUACAAGGAGUAUUUAAACAAACCAUAAUCUGUUCUUGGUAGUAAUUUUUCCGUACAUUUUCCAAAUACAUCUUCAUAAUUGAAUCACAAUAUAAAUUUAACAUAUCAAUACAAUUACUGUACUUAUGACUUGUUGUUAGUUGUACUUUGAUGUUUAUAGCAAACUCGAGAGAUGUAUUAUUAUGAACGGGUAAUAACCCGACUCAAAGUUUCAAUAUGUUACUGUCAAAUGUAUUGCAUUUAUUUGACAAGAAAUAAAAUAUAAAUAACUUUGUUUUUA